AUGGCCGGUGGAAAGGGCAAGUCUUCGGGCGGCAAGAGCUCUGGUGGAAAGACGUCGGCCACCGAGGGCCAGAAGAAGCAGCAGAGCCACUCUGCCCGCGCAGGGCUUCAGUUCCCCUGCGGUCGUGUCAAGCGUUUCCUCAAGGCCAACACCCAGAACAAGAUGCGUGUCGGUGCUAAGGCCGCCGUCUAUGUUACCGCCGUCCUCGAGUAUCUGACCGCCGAGGUCCUCGAGCUCGCAGGCAAUGCUGCCAAGGAUCUCAAGGUGAAGCGUAUCACGCCCCGCCACCUUCAGCUCGCUAUCCGCGGCGACGAGGAGCUCGACACCCUGAUCCGCGCCACCAUCGCCUUUGGUGGUGUGCUGCCGCACAUCAACCGCGCGCUCCUGCUCAAGGUCGAGCAGAAGAAGAAGCUCAAGGCGCAGGAGGCUUAA